CACUUCACUUUGCAGAUUUAAAUGAAUGUAAAAAUAACUUAGAUAUUAAGUAUAGUAUAAAGUAGUAUAGUUAUAUAGUAAGUAUACUAUAAGAAUAUUAUAUUAUAGUGGAUUAAACUCGAAAUACAAGGUAAUGUUAUCUUAGGUAUUUGCCAACAGCGAUAAUCUGUGACGCAGCAGCCAACACGCGCCGCGACCAGCAGCAGUGCCGGCCCGCCGUCCGCCAUGGCGCCAGCGACCGCGCCGCGUCCCGGCCACGGCUCCAAAGGUGACGCUCUCCGAGAUAAAAUCACUGAAAAUCAAGAGGAAAAACUAACGCCUAUUUUAAAUGAAAAUGCUAAAACAGAAAGUGACGUUGAAAGUGAAACAAAAGAUCGCAGUAUUAGAGAUUCAAACGACACUCAUGCAUCGGCAUACAGUGAUUUGAAUAACAAAGUCCGGAUAAACCGAAACGCAAGUGAAAGUGACACAAGUAACAUUACAACUGUAAAUAACGCAACUGAGAAUGCAAGCCCGUCGAGUGUAGGGAACGAGGGAGUUACGGAUGACAGUAGACAGUGGUUUAGUGGAAGCGAGGAUGGAGACAGCGGGAGAAGUCAGAGGAAGAGUUACAGGGACUCUGCGGAAGCUCUGGAGCUGGCGUUGAUGCAGCUGGGCCCGUUCGGCCUGUACCAGCGCUACGUGGUGCUGAUGCUGUGCAUCCCCAACAUGCUGGCUGCGAUGUACUCGCUGAACUAUGUGUUCGUGGCCGAUCAGGUCCCGUUUCGGUGCGUGGUCCCGGAGUGCGAGGGCGCGGGCAGCCACUUCGGCAACGCGACGGUGCAGGCGCUGCUGGCGGCGGAGCGCUGCCGCCGCUACGCGCCGCUGCGGGAGGGCCGGCCGAGCUGCGCGCGCGCCGACUUCCACCUCAACGACACGGUGACGUGCGACGCUGUCAUGUACGAGAACAUGGAUACUAUUUAUGCGGAGUUCGACCUGGCGUGCGCGGAGUGGCGGCGCACGCUGGUGGGCACGCUGCGCAACGCCGCGCUGCCCUUCGCGCUGCUGCUUACCGGAUACAUCUCCGACGGUUGGGGCCGGCGCACCGCGUUCUGCUCGCUGUCGUUCUGCGCGGGCGCGCUGGGCAUCGUCAAGUCGCUGAUGCCGCACUACCGCGCCUACCUCGCGCUGGAGUUCCUCGAAGCCGCGCUGGGGUACGGCUUUACCAGCGCCGCCUACGUCAUGAUGGUGGAGCUGGCGCGGCCCUCUCUCCGCGUGGCCUUCGCGUCGGCCACGGGCGUGGGCUACGGGCUGGGCGGCGUGGUGUUCGCGCUGCUGGCGCGGCGCGUGCGGUGCUGGCGGGUGCUGCUGCGCGUCGUGCACGCGCCCGCGCUGCUGCUGCCGCUGUACUGGCUGCUGCUGCACGAGAGCGCGCGCUGGCUGCACGUGCGCGGCCGCCGCCGCCAGCUCGUGCGCAACAUCCGCAAGGCGGCGCACUGGAACAAGGUCACAAUCGACGAAGAUCUACUGGCAGCGAUCGAAGAAGAUCAAAAAUCUGAAGAAGUGGAACCCAAAAGCAACCCCUGGUUAAGCCUCAUGAAGUCCCGAGUGCUGAUGCUGCGGUUCGGCGUGUGCUGCUGGUGCUGGGUGGCGGUGUCGUUCGUGUACUACGGCCUCACCAUCAACUCGGUGGCGCUGGCGGGCGACAAGUACACCAACUUUGCGCUCAACAUGGCCAUGGAGAUCGUCGCUUCGCUUCUCAUAAUGAUGGCUCUGGAGCGCUUCGGACGGAAGCGUAGCAUCUUCGCUGCGUUCCUCGUCUGCGGGAUCGCUUGCAUCAUUCCGUACUUUGUUUCGCACUCGGGCACGGGGCUGGGCACGUUCUUCGUGGGCAAGCUGGCCAUCACGUUCGCGUUCAACUCCCUGUACGUGUUCACGGCCGAGCUGUUCCCCACGGACGCGCGCUCGUCCGCGCUGGGCGCCGCUUCGCUGGUCGGCCGCCUCGGCUCCGUGCUGGCGCCGCAGACGCCGCUGCUGAGCGUGCCCGUGCAGGCGCUGCUGUACGGCGGCUGCUCGGCGUCCGCGGCGCUGCUGGUGCUGCUGGCGCCGGAGACGCGGCGCGCGGCGCUGCCGCAGCGCGCGAGCCACGCCGAGACCCUGGCGGCGCCACCGGCCGCGCCCCGCCUGCCACCACUGCCCGGCUCCAUCGACUUGUAGCGUGAGUUCUAACGCUGGUCGAUACAACACUCGCUCCGUCUCAUCGAGCGAAGGUGGAUCAGUACGUGACGUUCGCUCCGUAAGCCCCACACCAUGCAGGAGGAAUCAACAGUGAUUUCAUUCUACCUAUGUUUAUAUCGCUCGACAAAUCCUCGAGAUAUCACUGGUCUAGUUUAAACUCAGAGGUAACGAGUGGAGUAUAACAGCAAACAAAUUAUUUUCUAGACUAGAAACCCAGAUUCAUCGUCUGUAGACCGUCAUUUAUAUAAAACUGGUAUGUGGCGAAAACGACAUGUAAUAUUGUCCUUUAUAGAACGGCGUUAAUAUGGCAGUGAUCGUCCGGAGCACGUAGGUCCCCCGUGUUGGUACUCUGGGAAGACAUGCGUCCGUGCCACGUCUGCGUCACUCUCCACCAUUGUGGCAAGUUCUCGCUAGGAUGCGUAGGAGUAUAAGGAUCGGCGCAGCGUGUACCUAAUUUAAGAAGUUAGCUUCGGCCGUGGCUAGUUACCAUCCUACCGGCAAAGCCGUGCCGCCAAGCGAUUCAGCGUUCCGGUACGAUGCCGUGUAGAAACCAAAGGAGUAUGGGUUUAAUGAAAGCUGCCACAUCCUUCCAGGUUAGCCCGCUUCCAUCUCAGACUGCAUCAUCACUUACCACCAGGUGAGAUUGCAGUAACAGGCUAACUUGUGCCUGAAUAAAAAAUCAUUUCGUUGUCACUUAAGUUUUAAGACUUUUAAAUAGGGCCUGCCUACUUAGCCGAUUUGUACUUAGUAGAGUAUCAAAGUCCGCUGAGACACUUUCGAGAGUCAUUACCUCACGACUGAUAGAGAUCCAAGUGCAGUCCUUGUUCUCAAAAAUGAGCAAUUGUAGCAGGUGCUGAAGCACCGCUGCCCAGUGACUAGACACUGAUGCUGCCAGUACUUAUACGAUGCAUUUCAUGUUCAAGAACUUAGAGAGUUUAUUUAGCAGUGGGUUUUAUUGCUUAGUAUAAUCACUUUUAUGUUAUAAUGGAGAUCGUUACCUACCUAGUACCUACCUACUAAAGAUAUAUUUUAAUCUCGUGGCUGCCAGGCUAGUUGUCUUGAAGGAAAAUAACCUAAUCAUUUGCGUUAACUCAGACGAGGUAGGUCUAUGAUAUCUUGAAGCAUUUUCUUAUCUUUCAAGAUUGUGCACGAUAGAUAGAUACAGUGUUAGAUAAUUGCAGUUUAAUCUGUUGAAUUUCUGAAGGAAGGUUUUCGUCUACUGCACCACUUGAAUUCGAUAUUUCAAUAAUCGCUGCUUUUCUGAGUGACGCUUAUAGGUAUUACAAAGACUAGGACACAAAAUAAAGGAAUUAAUCAUUUACCCUCUUAAAUAGGUAAAUAAUAAAAUUAUUAAGCUGUGAUAAUUACUAUAAUGCUAAACUUAUAAUAUGCUAGCCACCUAUUGUUAAUUGUAUUUAUCUUUAGGUUAAGGUUUAAUAUGAAAUAAUAAUACAUAUACAAAAA